GAAAUUUUCUUGAUUUAAUCGUAAAAGAAUAGAUUUUAUACUAUGAUUAAAAUAAAAAAUUUGGUCCAAUUUUGUGUUUCUUCUUCCUCCACUGGGAAAAAGCUUCGGUCUCUGAGAUGAUAAGCAGAUUCCAACUUCCUCCACCAUGCUUCCUCUUCCCUCGGUCCUCAUUCCAAGCUCUUAAGCCUUUGAGAAACCCUAAUUUCAGAAAACCUCGGUUCGCCCUUUCUCUCAAUACCCAAUUUUCCGACCACUCCGACGCCGGCCUCCUUUUCCGGGAGAAAAUUCUCUACCUCGAGAAUCACCUUAAUGUCGAUUUCCGGAAAGCCUUCCGGGAGAAUCCCGAUUCUCGCUCCGCCACUCUCUCCACCGUCAAAUCCGUCGAGGUCUGUCUCUCCUCCAUGGGACUCGAGCUCUCUGCAGUCGGCCGCGUUCUCGACAUGUACCCCAAACUCCUCACCGCCAAUCCCGACUAUGAUCUGUACCCCAUCUUCGAUUUCCUUCUUAAUGAAGUUCAAAUUCCGUUUCCCGACAUUCGAAAAUCCAUAAUUCGAUGCCCUAGAAUUCUCGUCUCCGACUUGGACCUUCAAUUGCGACCUGCGUUGAAGUUCUUGCGCGACCUAGGUUUUGUUGGGUUGAACGCCAUCACGUGCCAGACGACAAUGCUACUGGUCUCGAGUGUUGAACGUACACUUUUGCCUAAGAUUCAGUACCUUGAGAGCUUGGGCUUAUCGCAUGAGGAUGUGGUUAAUAUGGUGUUGAGGUCUCCUGGGUUGUUGACUUAUAGCAUUCAGAAUAAUUUAGUUCGUAAAGUGAAUUAUUUCUUAGAAGACAUGAAGGGUGAUUUGUUGGAAUUGAAAAUUUUCCCGCAAUAUUUUUCCUUUAGUUUGGAGAGGAAGAUUAAACCGCGUCAUCGUUCAUUGGUUCAACAUGGAUUGUCACUUCCUUUGUCGAAAAUGCUGAAGGUUAGUGACGGGGAGUUCACAGCAAGGUUGAUAGAAAUGCGAUUGCAGUCGUUGACGGCUGAUCGUUGAAGCAGAUUAUACUCAGUUCCUUUCUAUGUGGAUCCUGGAAGGAACUGUGAUGGAAAUGAUGCUACAGCUCGAUCGACAAGACCAGGCAUUCCACCACAUUCAUCUUUUAAUGCAGGCCUUGACUAUCUAAAUUGGUUGGAGGGAUUCACAAGAUUGUUCCCAUCUUGAGUGAGAUCAUCCGUCAGAAUGUUUGCUAUUUAAACAGAGAAUACAUAGAAGACAGACUCGAACGUUUCCACAGUUACCAUUUGUUGAUGCAAUGCCGGCCCUGACUACUGUAAUCUUUUGAGAAACUUGCAAGUUUGGCCCCCAUUGCAAAUGACUGCAUCACAUUUGGAAGAUAGUGAUCAAAUUAUGCUUGAACCCCUACCAUCACUUGAAUUUGAUUUCCUAUAGGAUUUGUAAGAACACUCACCUGUAUAUUCUAAUCCUUGGUCAUUGUUUGAAACACUCAUCAGAAAGAAUAUGUGGUUGGGUUUGCAAAAGGCUCAAACUUCAAGGAAGAAGAAAGGAAAGAAUAGGGUGAACCCCCAAAUCAUAUGAUAAUUUAAGGCAAUGUGCAUCUCUGCGCUUUUAAUGCAGUCUACUGAGUCAUCGAUUGGACUUGAAAUUGUAUUUCUGGUGGAAGAAAAGUUAGCGUGAAAGCGAAACUAGAUUUUGCCCCACCAAAGUUAGAAAACAAUGAGAGAUUUCAUAAUGCAUGAUGAUUCAUUUUCUUGUUGAAACAUGAGCCGAAGGACACGGUUUCUUGCUGCAGAAAUGCAUCACUGUUGGCAGUCCAGAUUCCAGGGUACGUUGUCCAUUACAUGACAAGUUUUUUGAAGGGCACAGUAUGAGAGGCCUUUAGGGUCAUCUCUGUUUCUCGGGACAGCAAAUGCAAAUGCAAAUGCAAAUACAAAUGCAAAUUUGGGUCAUCAGUCGUCACCUCUGGACCCUUUACCUUCCUACAAUCAAUUUGCUCAGACACAGAAAAACAAGAGAGAGAGCAUCUGUCCCAUUCAUUAAUCAUUCACCCUCGAGGAUGGGAUGAGUUUUGAUUUGAAAUUCAUGGUCUUCAUUUAAUUCUCUCUCUCUCUCUCUCUCUCUCUACUUUAAACAGUAUUUAUAUUAUGGUUGGUUUCCUCUAAGACAGAUCUGAUUCAGAGGAAAACGAAUGUUCUUUUGAAGUUGAGUUGGUUUCAAUACUUACAUGUGCUUAAGGAGACUUGAUUUGAUAUGAUUAAUUUUAGGUUAUACAUUAGGGGUUGAAGUUGAAGUGAUUUUUUAAUUUCUGGUAUAAGAUAUUAUUGCAAAUACUAGCUCCAGAUGGAGGUAUAGGCCAAAGAGAAUUCAUAGACAGCGAAAUUAUCUGUUAUGAGACAGCAAUUUCAGAAUCCACAUGUUAUGAAUUUA